AUGUAAUAGCCUAUUCGUAUCAUUGAUGGUCUUUACCUUGGAGAUUAGGGUGCAGCCCAUGUAAAUGUGAUCUAAAACAAGAGGAUUUAGAAUUCUUGGUGACUAACAAGAUAACCAAGAUAAUUAAUUGUGCUGCCAAACAUAUUCCUAAUCAUUGGGAAUCCAUCGGCAUUCAAUAUUUGUCUUAUUAGUGGUUAGAAAGUGAAACUCAAUUUCCUUUUGAUUAUUCCAAUUGUUUUACCUUCAUUAACGAUACUCUUGAAGUAGGAGAGGCUGUUUUAGUUCAUUCUAUUAGAGCUUCUAAUAGAUCUGUUUUUGUGAUUGUUCUAUUUUUAAUGCGCAAGUAUAUGCUUCCAAUCUUACUCAUAGAUUUAAAUGGACAUUGCAAAAGACCUUAUAAUACAUACAAAAUCUCAAGAAAAAAUUUGAAAUUAAAUCUAAUGUUUAUCAAUAAUUACUUAAUUAUGAAAAGUGGCUUCAUCUUUCCAAACUUAGUAAUAAUUGGGAUGCAGCACAUAAUGAUGACGAGAAAUUAGCAAGAAACACAUAUCUUAAUAGUUAGCGAACAUAUUUAUAUGAACCAAAGAAGAAAAAAGAAAUUAGUUUUAAAAAAGUUUAAUGGAAAAAAAACUUAGUGUCUCAAUUCAUUCCACCUUAUUAAUAGAUGUACAUAUUUUAGUAAACAUAAAAUUAGAUAAUUCAAAAAAUUCAGUACACCGCAACCUAAAAUUUAACCUUCUUAAAUACCUAUUAAACUUAGAGUUCUUCCAUCUGAUAAUAAUUGGAUGAAUAAAAAAUACACAUUAAACUAAAUUGUUGAUGAACAAUUAUAAAAAUAAUUGAAUCUAUAUAGUAUCAAGUCAGAUCGUCAAUCAAUAAAAUCCCUGGCAAGGCCAAGUACAGCACCUUCAAAAAGAUUACUCAAAGGGAAAGUUCUAACAUCAUCUCAUAGAUUAUUAGUUAAGUAAUCAUGA